GCCUCCUCGGUGGGUUUCCUGGUAUACGCGCGGCCUUGCGACAGCUUUUGUCGCUCGACCAAACAUGGCGCCAAGGAAGGAUUUCAAGGCUAAGGCCAUGGCACAGCCAGUUCCCGAAAAACGGGGGUAUGAGUUUGGUGGCCCUCUCGGCGCGUUUGUAUUCAUUUUCGGCCUCUCAACUCUUAUCUACAUCCUCACCUUCCUGUGUAACGAUGUAUCCGGCUGUCCUGCUCCGUCGCUGCUGAAUCCCGCGACGUUGUCCUUAGACAAGUUAAAGGAGGAGGUCGGUUGGCCACAAGGAGGUCUCAAGGCGUUCUUUGACAUUCGGGUGACCCUGUGGGUGCUGAGUUAUUACCUACUCAGUCUGAUUUUGUACGUGUUUCUACCAGGUGAGGUGGUCGAGGGCACGGAAUUGGCCUGCAAGGGAAGGCUUCGCUACAAGUUCAAUGCCUUUCCUUCCGCCAUUUUGAUCCUCAGUGGUCUAGCCCUGGGCACAUACGCGUACGGUUCUGACUUCAUCGUAUGGACCUAUCUCUGGGAUAACUACGUGCAGGUCAUCACAGCAAACUUAAUGAUUUGCACAGCCCUCGCUGUCUUUGUUUAUGUGAAAAGCUUCUCCGUCCCUGCACCUGGUCAACCCAACCCCGAGCUGAGAGAACUGGCACCGGGUGGUCACACUGGAAAUGCCCUGUAUGACUUCUUCAUUGGCCGGGAGCUUAAUUCUCGGGUGCAGUUGCCCAUCCCCUUUGUUGAUGAGGCCUCACGAACAAUCGAUAUCAAUGUAUGGUGCGAAAUGAGGCCGGGUCUGCUUGGGUGGAUUAUUUUGAACUUGUCCAACAUUGCCCGCCAAUACAGGACGUACGGCUACAUUACCAACUCCAUCGUACUCUCUACCCUAUUCCAAACCUUCUAUGUUCUGGAUGGGCUGUAUAUGGAGCCAGCCGUGCUAACCACGAUGGAUGUGAUUAUGGAUGGAUUCGGUUACAUGCUCUCUUUUGGACACCUGGUAUGGGUACCGUUCGUCUACAAUAUCCAAACCAGGUACCUUGCGGUUUUCCCCUUGGAAUUGAGCUUGAAAGGCAUCUUUUCGAUCUUGACUGUUACUGGCGCGGGGUACACGAUUUUCCGUGGUGCUAACAAUCAGAAGAACCGUUUCCGCAGGGAUUCAAACGACCCACGCAUGAAGCAUAUCAAGUGCAUCCAGACGUCUAGUGGCUCUAAACUAAUGAUUUCUGGCUGGUGGGGACUGGCGCGCCAUAUCAAUUAUUUGGGCGAUUGGCUGAUGUCAUGGUCAUAUUCAUUGCCCACCGGGGUUGCUGGCUACACCAUAAUUGAAAGCAUCAAUAGCAGUGGCAACGUGCAGAAGCAGGCCAUACAGACUCCCGAAGUACGCGGGUGGGGAAUGGUUUUCACCUAUUUCUUCUUGCUUUAUUUCGGUGUCCUCCUCAUUCACCGGGAGGGACGUGAUGAAGAAAAGUGCAGGAGGAAAUAUGGCGCUGACUGGCAGCGCUAUACGUCUAUUGUUCGCAGCCGCAUCGUUCCUGGUAUCUACUAGUGUUUUAGGCCAACGAUGCUAUGCUGCAGCUAAUCUGUAUAUAUAUCUUGGUACAGACGAGCUGGAGAACCUAGGGUUGUCUUAGGUUUACUAUAUCAUGAUCAAGUUUGUUAGAGCAAGUCACCUAGGGACAACUGCAUAAGUUACCGGUCUGCAUAGUACGUAUCCCACACUACAUCUCUUCGAUUGCCAGGCCGGCAUUGGGGCAGGUAUGCCAGCUUUACCCUACUUGUGAACACAAAACAUUUGCUCUAGUUUCUCACUUAGGAGAGUUUUCCGCAAAAUCCUGUUGGGAGUUGAAACUCGCCUUUGUCGGUAGUACUGUGCAGGAGAAUGACAGAGUGAUUCAAACGCUCCAGCAAACAAGGUUAGAUCUUAAAUUAAAUAGUAUACAGAAUGGCGAUAUCUACAGAUU